UUCGGAGCAGUCUGUUCCUUUCACACAGCUCCAGUGAUCUCUGCUGAGAAACUUACAUGCACCUGCUGUCUACACAGAAAGCAGCAAAAUGAAGCUACUCUAUCUCUUUUUAUUUGCAGCGUUGGCAUGGACCUCCAACGCUAUUGUGCGGAUUCCUCUUAAGAAGUUCCGCAGUAUCCGGCGGACGAUGAGUGAUUCGGGUAUGAGGGCGGAGGAGAUGGUGGCCGGGGCCAACGACCUCAAAUACAACCUGGGCUUCCCGUCCAGCAAGGCCCCCACGCCAGAGACGCUCAAGAACUACAUGGACGCCCAGUACUACGGUGAGAUUGGUCUGGGUACUCCGAUCCAGAAGUUCACGGUGGUGUUUGAUACCGGCUCCUCCAACCUCUGGGUCCCGUCUGUACACUGCAGCUUUACGGACAUCGCCUGCUUGCUUCACCAUAAGUAUAAUGGUGCCAAGUCCUCCACCUACGUGAAGAAUGGCACUGACUUCGCCAUCCAGUACGGAUCCGGCAGCCUGUCGGGAUUCCUCAGCCAGGACAGCUGCACGAUUGGUGACAUCAUCGUAGAGAACCAGGUGUUUGGGGAGGCCACUAAGCAGCCUGGUGUGGCCUUCAUCGCUGCCAAGUUCGACGGCAUCCUGGGCAUGGCCUACCCGCGCAUCUCAGUCGACCAGGUGACGCCUGUGUUCGACAUGAUGAUGGCCCAGAAGAAACUGGACCAGAACGUCUUCUCAUUCUACCUCAACAGGGAUCCCUCUAAGGAGCCUGGUGGUGAGCUGCUUCUGGGUGGUACUGACCCCACCUACUUCACUGGAGACUUCAACUACGCCCCCAUCACACGACAGGCCUACUGGCAGAUACACGUGGACGGUGUUGGUGUUGGUGACAAGUUGACUCUGUGUAAGGACGGUUGUGAGGCGAUCGUGGACACUGGAACCUCCCUGAUCACCGGCCCCCCAGCUGAGGUCAAGGCCCUGCAGAAGGCUAUUGGAGCCAUCCCCCUUAUACAGGGAGAGUACAUGGUUGACUGUAAGAAGGUUCCCACUCUGCCCACCAUCUCCUUCAACAUCGCAGGCAAGACUUACUCACUCACCGGGGAGCAGUACAUCCUCAAGGAGACGCAGGCCGGUAAGUCCAUCUGCCUGAGUGGCUUCAUGGGUCUUGAGAUCCCGCCCCCUGCCGGGCCGCUAUGGAUUCUGGGAGAUGUCUUCAUCGGCCAAUACUACACCGUCUUCGACAGAGACAACGACCGCGUCGGAUUCGCCAAGGCUGUCUGAGGAGGUUCCUGAUUGGGCCAGAUGCGUGUCAAUCAACAGAGGAGGUGGAGAGGAGAGGUGUAGGAGAGAAGACCACGGACAAAAUGAAAUCUUGGCAAGCUUAUUUUUCAAGUUUCAAGUAUCUAGUCAGUCUUUUAAUUUAGGUAAAAAUCACCCCAUAACUAGUACUUAUGAACUAGAACUUAGAACUAGAAGUGAAAAAAUAUCUCUUUAAAGUUAAAAUUAUUUGCCUCACGGACAAAUGUCUUAGAACUUGUCUACAUUUUCAAAGUUCUAGUUCAGAAGUACUUGUUAUUAGGUGAUUUUUAGUGCAACUAAGAUUGACUAGAUGUUUUUACUUGAAACUACAAAAAAUAAGCUUGCUAAGAUUUCAUUUUUUGCUGUGAAGAGGAGAGGAGAUGUGCAGAGGACUGGGGCCUAUACUACAAAGCUGGUUCAGGAGUAAACCAGGUUAAGUUAAGAGGUAAAUCGCCUAAUAGAAGAGCCUGGAGUCCUCAUUUUUAUAAGAACAUGGGGACUCCAGGUUCUUCUAUUCGAUGAUUUACCUCUUAACUUCACCUGGUUUACUCCUCAAUCAGCUUCUUGGUACACCCCGUCUGAUCUGUGUAAACGUGUGUGUCAUGGAGCAGUAUAUGCUGUGGAGCGGGUAGCAUUGCAACCUUGUCGUGUUUUUGCACUGAUCUAAUUGUAACCUAGCUUGCUCUGUUUGUUUGUUGUUUUUUUAGAUACAUUUUACAGAGAAUGGAAUUGUGGAAUUUUAAUCCGUCAGGUCACGAGACAAAACGUAUGUACAUAAUCAGCUCUACAGGAAGUGUCUACUGGAGUCAGUGCUGCUGAGGUUUAGGCUUGUCAUUUGGCAUUCAUUCAUUCAUUCAUCGUGUGAGAAAAGGAUCUUGAUUUUUAAAACUGCUGUUGAUUUUAAUCAUUGUCAUUGGAGAGAAUUCCAGUGGUGUGAAACUGAUGAUUUAAAUAAAGUCUUUUAAAAUCCCACUGAA